AUGACUGUCUUGCCAAAUACUGCCGAACAGGCGUAUCUCGAUCUCUGUGAAAAGAUCAUCAACGAAGGAGAGUUCCGUCCCGAUCGAACUGGAACAGGCACCAAAUCACUUUUCGCACCUCCACAGUUAAGAUUCGAUUUGUCCAACGAUACCUUCCCACUUCUCACCACCAAAAAGGUGUUUUCGCGUGGGAUCAUCCAUGAGCUCUUGUGGUUUGUAGCCGGAUCUACGGAUGCCAAGUUGCUCAGUGAAAAAGGCGUCAAGAUCUGGGAAGGCAAUGGAUCCCGUGAGUUCUUGGACAACUUGGGGUUGACUCAUAGAAGAGAAGGCGACUUGGGUCCCGUGUAUGGAUUCCAAUGGAGACACUUUGGAGCAGAGUACAAAGACUGCGAUGCCGACUACACUGGCCAAGGCUACGACCAACUUGCUGAUGUCAUCAAAAAGUUGAAGACAAACCCCUACGACAGAAGAAUCAUAAUGUCAGCCUGGAACCCACCAGACUUUGCCAAAAUGGCUCUUCCUCCAUGUCACGUUUUCUGUCAAUUCUUCGUCAGCUUUCCUUCUACCAAUCCAGAAUCUAACACUAGUAAACAGGCUAAAGCAGAAACCAGACCCAAGUUGAGCUGUUUGUUGUAUCAAAGAUCAUGUGACAUGGGCUUGGGUGUUCCGUUCAACAUCGCUUCUUAUGCUCUUUUGACGAAGAUGAUUGCCCAUAUUGUUGAUAUGGACUGCGGUGAGUUCAUACACACUUUGGGUGAUGCUCAUGUAUACUUGGACCACAUAGAUGCAAUCAAGGAACAGUUAACGAGAACCCCUAAGGACUUCCCUAAGUUGUUGAUAAAAGAAGAAAGAAAGGACAAAAUCACAUCCAUAGACGACUUUAGGUUCGAAGACUUUGAGAUCGUUGGCUACGAGCCUUAUCCUCCCAUCAAGAUGAAAAUGAGUGUCUAA